CACCGUCGGCGAUUCACCAGCUUCCUCCGGCCUCCAUCUUCCCACCCCCAAAAAGCAAGACUACCCUCACGCACCCGACGUACCGUACACCAAACCCAAAACCACCCAAAUCCCGUCCUCAUCAGCUCAAAAUGACCGCCCCAGAAGAACCUACAACCCUCUCGCAGAUCUCCUCUCUCCGCGCGACGCUCACAGCCGAGACGACGCCCCUGCCGGUGCGCUUCCGCGCGCUCUUCUCCCUCAAGCACCUCGCACGCUCCCACCCGGCUGAUUCGGCAGAAUCGCUCGCCGCCAUCGACGCCAUCGCCGCGGGCUUCGCCUCGCCGUCGGCGCUGCUCAAGCACGAGCUGGCGUACUGCCUCGGCCAGACGGGCAAUGGCGCCGCCAACUCAUACCUGACCGCGGUGCUGGAGGACCUGGGCGAGGACGCCAUGGUGCGACAUGAGGCGGCCGAGGCGCUCGGGGCGCUGGGGCAUGUCGGGAGUUUGGAUGUGCUGAGGAGGUUUAGGGAUCGGGAGGGCGAGGAGGUGGUUGUUACGGAGACGUGCGAGAUUGCAGUGGAGAGGAUUGAGUGGGAGAAUGGGGAGGGGAGGAAGCAGGAGAGGUUGCGGGCGAGUGACUUUGCCUCGGUUGAUCCCGCGCCGCCUAUGCCUCAAGGGCAGGGGGAGCAGACGGUGGAGGAGUUGGGCAAGGCGCUGAUGGAUACAAGCCUGCCACUGUUCAAGAGAUACCGCGCCAUGUUUGCCCUCCGCGGCUUGGCAUCGCCGCCCGAUCUGCCGACUGCCGUCCCUGCCGUCCUCGCCCUUGCCAAGGGCUUCGCCGACCCUUCUGCCCUUUUCCGCCACGAAAUCGCUUUUGUCUUUGGCCAGCUUUCCCAUCCGGCAUCUAUCCCCGCCCUUACUGCGGCCCUGAGCAACACGGAGGAGGCGAGUAUGGUCCGCCACGAAGCUGCCGAGGCACUUGGCAGCCUUGGGGAUGAGGAGGGCGUCGAGGAGACCCUAAAGAGGUUCCUGCACGACAAGGAGGCUGUCGUCCGCGAGAGUGUCAUCGUUGCCCUGGAUAUGGCCGAGUACGAGAAGAGCAAUGAGACGGAGUAUGCGCUGAUUCCGGAGGUUCAAGGUACCGCUUGAAUCGGGUUUAUUCCGACGUUUGGGUCUUGCAAAUGUCUUUAGAUCGUUCUGGUAACACAGGGGCGCGCCAUAGAUGGGUGAAAUUUAGUUUCGGGUAUCGUCUUCGUCAUGCGAUAUCAAUUGUUC